GUAAAACUAGAUUUUUAGCAUCGCUGAUUAUCAUCCGUGCUGACAAUAACGGGUUACAUAAUGGCCAAACGACAAACAUGGGAGCACAUGCGACAGGUCUUUGCACAGGCGGUGAACGCUGUGCAUCCGGAGAAGAUUUUCGCCGAUUUCCAGAGCUUCGACUUGCGGCCGCAGCGGAUUGAGAAUUGCGGAGGAAUCUGCAUCAAACUGAACGGAGAACAACAUGACAUUAGCGGGAAGAAAUGUCACAUAGUGGGAUUCGGCAAGGCCGUGCUAGGCAUGGCCAACAAAGUUCAUAUAGACUUGGGCAAGUACUCUGCCGGCGGCGUUCUUAGCGUGCCUGUGAAUACCCUGAGGCAGUUUCAGGAGCUCAUCCAGACUGCAGACGGACUGCGCACGGACUGCGGACGGACUGACCAACACAUCGGCAAGGGUUUGGCCGUCUACGAGGGAGCACCCAAUAAUUUGCCCGAUGAAACGGCCUUAAGGGCAGCUGAAGCUAUCAAGGAGUUGGCCCAGAAGAUGACUCCCCAAGAUGUGCUCUUUGUGUUUGUCUCAGGAGGCGGAUCUGCGUUGCUGCCGCUGCCUAGAGCUCCCCUAAACCUCACCGACAAGCGAAAUAUAGCAGACAAGCUGAUGAGGUGUGGAGCCAGCAUACAGGAGCUCAACACGGUGCGCAUUGCCUGCUCGGACAUCAAGGGAGGCCGCUUGGCAAGGUUUGCCGGCAAUGCGGGACUGCUGGUUACUUUUGUCCUGAGCGAUAUAAUAGGAGAUCCUCUGGAGCUGAUCGCCUGUGGCCCCACCAUCCAACCAGUCAGUGGAGAAUCCGCAGUUGCGGUACUGAAGAGGCACCAAGUGUGGGAAGAGCUCUCUGCGGAAGUUCAAAAUGUCUUUGAGGUGUCGGACAAGCAAGACAACCCUUUGCUACCCAAGCACAAAGUCUAUGUGGUGGGUAGCAAUGCCAUAGCUACCUCAACGGCAGCCCAACAGGCUGCCAAACUAGGAUACAUUCCCUGCGUCCUAAGCUGUUCUGUACAGGGUGAUGUAGGCCAAGUGGCAGACGACUAUCAACGUCUGCUGAAGGGCAUACAGGAGGCCAGGCAGUAUGGCCCCUGUGAGGAGCAGCUGAAGAAGAAGUACGCCUUCGGAGAAGACAGCUUCCAGGGAUUCAAGGCGGCCUUAGAACAGCACUUGAGCAGUAAGAUGCCGUUGCUGCUCAUUUGUGGUGGCGAGCCAGUCAUUAAAGUCACGGGUCAAGGUGUGGGUGGCCGUAGUCAGCACUUGGCCUUGCUGAUGUCACAGACUCUACAUCGCGAUAAAACUCUGCCUGACUGCACCUUCCUGAGUGCCGGGACAGAUGGCAUUGAUGGACCCACAGAUGCGGCUGGCGCCUUUGGAGACAGCAGCGUCAUUGAUUCAUUUCUGGCCAAUCACACCCUGGAUGAGCUGGCCGAGAUCCUGCGCAACUGCGACAGCUACAACUUCUAUAGGAAUCUCUCGGGUGGCCAGUACCACGUGCACACUGGCCACACAGGAACCAAUGUGAUGGAUCUACACUUGCUCGUCGUCCCAUAGUGGAGUGGGAUGUAUGUAGGGCAAUUCGUUAAUAGAGCUGCUCUUGAACUGCAGACGGGCAAUAGUCGUUUAAAUUUGUUUUUACGAUUUUCCUCUUUAAUUUUUGUCUAUCAAAUUUUACGACUUUUUUCAUUAACAUUUUUAAUAUUCACUCAAAUUUAAAUAGUUUCGAGAUCUUUAUGCUCCGAGACCGAGACCAAGACCCUCCGGAGUGACAGCAUAAAUGGCAAUUAGCUAUCCACUUAGUCAUUCCUCUGUUACGAGAUCAGCAAGGCAUUUAGACAUUUUCGGCAUCAAUUGUCUUGAUUAUAAUUAUCCGGCAGUGGCAGAUGUGAUAAAUCAAUUUGUAUGUACGAUUAUUAUAAAGCAUAAAUAUAUUUGUGCAAUGCCCGGGCACCAAA